AUGGCUACUUCAUUUUCCCUCGAGGAAAAGCGCUUUGUCCUCGCGGAGAUGAUCAAAUGCAGCACCGUUGAUAUCGAAAGGCUGGCGCGAUUCGUCGAGGUAAACGUACUCGACCCCAAAUGGAUCACCAUGCAAAUACCGUCAGGCCGCAACCUGGAGCAGUGCAUGCAAGUCGCGGAUUCCCUCUCGUCGGCCCCAGGAUAUCGAUCCGCAAUGUCUCAAAAUGAUCAUUUGACCGGCAGCAGCAUGAACCACGCCAGACAGAUGGCGCCGAGAAUGAGCCCUGGCGGCCAAACCCCUGGGGCCAUGCCAACGUCGCCGGGUCUCAUGUCGCCGUGGCAGCAGCAUCCAGAUGGCGUCGAAGAUAGACGAGUGCACGCCCUCGAGGCACCUCCGGGUGACCAGGCUCCGAAGAAACGGGGACGUCCUCCACGCGUGGACAGAAAGACGGCCGCACCUCCACGGCUUGCCAACAUCGCGCCCAAGCCGCCUCCGCUCUCUCCAGGCCCCAAUACUCCUCGAACAAUUCUGCCGGCGACUCCCAGGCAAGCUGAAGCUCAGAACCCUCAGCCGCAGCCUUCAGCUCGCGCUCUGCCGCCUCUCGAUUCGCCACCGGCCAGAAAGAAGAGACGAACCGCCACCGGUGCAACUUCUGUUACUACGUCGCCCCCUCUUCCGCCGGCUUCUGCACCCGCUCCAGCACCUGCUUCUGCACCUGCUUCUGCACCUGCACCUGCUCCUGCUCCUGCUCCCGCCCGAGCCCCAACUCCUUACCUGCCUCUCGUUACUACGCCUCCGCCGUCUUUGGACCAUGGCAAUCGGCCGCGAGCACCACCUGAGACAAUUUCCACCAUUUCACGCGAGACUGAGCAGAUACAGCCCCCUCGCCCCAUUCCGCUCGAACCAGAGCCACGACAUCACACUCUCAUGCCGGUUGGGUCUGCGGCGCCACCGUCUCAAAUCAAAGCCUAA